GUCGCCAGUGUGCAGCUUUUACGAUUGCCCAUGGCAACGGAUGGUGUGACACAAAGCUCUAUAUCUGAUUACAAUUACUUUUGAAAUAUAGAGCGAUAGCAUAAUCACAAGGAUUUUUUAUAAGCCGGAAAAAGUAUGGAUCAACAAAAACCACCUGCUGGAACUACUUAUCCAGAACCACCACCACCUUAUACGAGUGGACCAGCACCACCACCUAAUGCGUAUCAUCAACCUCCUGGUCCAUAUGGUGGCAUGGCCUUUUUUCCUGGGCCGUCACAUCAUCCACCACCUCCAGGUGGGGUACCCGUCUUCCCAAUGGCAGGAUAUCAACCUCAACCUCCAACAUCUACAAUGGUUGUAGGUUCACCAGCAACUACUCCAGCAGUGACAUCAGUAACAGUAGUAAAUGUAGCUCAGUGGGGACCAUAUCCUACUCAAAUUACAUGUCCUCAUUGUGGAGUUCAAGUAUUGACUGAAACAACAGCCAGAAUAGGACUUCUUACUUUGCUGUUAUCUGGAGCUUUAGUAUUUCUUGGAUGCUGGUUAGGCUGUUGCCUUAUUCCCUGUUGUAUCCCAGAAUGCCAAGAUAUCGAUCACCGCUGUCCUAAUUGCAAAGCUCAACUAGGCACAUUUACUCGUCUGUAAUACAGUUAACCACAAGUCCAUCCUUUGGGGAGGACGAGCGUCGUCAAGAGAGAGAUUGAUUACCGUCUUUGUGCCUGUCCUCUACGUGAUCUUAGUAUUUCUAUUUGGCAACAAACGUUGUUUAACGAAAGAAGGCAUAUUUAAAAUAUAAAUAAAAAUCUAUGUCAUACGAAUUUAUUUGCUUUUAAAAUAUGGAAAGAAGGAAGUGCAUUUCCAUUAUCCAGUCAGAAAAUAUUAGCAUGCACAAUCAUAUAAUAUCAUGUAAUUACAUUCCGUAUUAUUCCUGUAUAAAAUUAUUUUUAUCCAUAAAGUGCGAGUUAAAAGCAUUUUAAUUUUUUAUUGUAAAAAUGUUGUGCAGUUACUUUCUAUAGUGUGCACAUCAUUCUUCAAUGGUAUUAUUUAUCAGUAUACUUAACCGUGUGAUAGAAAAUGAAAAUUAUAGCAUAUAAGUCAGAAAAAAAAUUAUAAUAUGUAUUUAUUCUAUGAAAAGAAUAUGUGAAAAAUUGCAUGGUUGAAAAUUCUCAAUAUAUUUGGUAAUAUAAAUUUUAUAUUACGACUUGCAUGCAAUGACACAAAAUAGAUUUGCUCAUAGAAAAUAGCUACUGUAUUACAAUUUAGUCCUUGCCACCUCAAAUUUUCAUCUUUAUACAGUUUUGAUCGAAUGUGAAAUGCAAAGUGUCAAAAAUAUACCUUUAUUUUUCUUGGUCCAAAAAAUCUAGUCUGUGUGAAUUUAAGAACUUGUACAGAAUUUAUUUAAAUAAAGAUUUGGACCAUCCUA